AAAUCGCGUGCAAGACAGCACGCCGAAGUCGCCUGCCUCGAAAGAACAAAUCGUAGCUUCUUGAAAUGCAUGGACAGAGCACAGCUCGAAACUUCGGAAAAGCGAAAAAGUGACGGACGCAACACGAGGGCAGAAGCAGUUGUCCUGGUCACGAGGAGCAGGGUUCUGGUAGCUCGUUUUGAACGCAGAGACGAAGUGAAUCUGAAAGAAAAGGUUGGAGAGAUUUCUUGCCACGAUAAAACUAAGUCCAGGAGUUGACAUCAUAUAUGAGUCGAAGUCAGCCGUAAGUCAGCUGUCCCACUGUAAGGGCUCGCGUCUACGAGAAUAGAGUCGUAGAUUGCCUCUUCGCUGUCCUCCUCUCUGUUGUUUUCCUGUCAUUCUGUUCCAGUUGAGUGCCGUCUAUUCUGUGUCUAUGCGGGUUCACAGCCACAACGGUCUACCUCUCAGAACGUCCACCCACAACUGAAACUCAGUUCGUCGCCUAUCAUCUCCCGGCCUCGUGAAUGCCUGCAGUUACACACACGACAAUCGUACUCCGCAUGUUCCGCAGCAGCCCAUGGCUUCGUUUGCGCAUUGAAAGCAGCGGUGGCGAGCCGAGAGACACGCUUCGCCCCAGAGCGUCUCCUGACUUCCGUGAACGUCUAUUGCGUUGUGGGCAGAUACUCAGUAAGAAGGUCGCAGGAAAACGGUGGUCUACAAAGAAUUGGCUUCCAUGCGCAAGCAUAAACACCCAAAAUAGACGAAGAUGCAAAAACGCCAGGCGCUGUAGCCCCCAGCCGAAGCAACCCACGCGGUGUUUGGAGGCGUGA